UGAAGAGCAGACUGUGGGUAUAAAAGGGUGAGGUGCCUCUCCUGCACCACCUCUCCCUUCUGAGAGAGCCUGGCCACUCUUUAUCAGGCCUUGCCUUCUGCCACCGGAAAGCCAGCUGCAGGGACCCAGAGGAAGAGAUGGCCUUGGAAGACAGUCCCACCAUGGUUAAAGUAGACCGGGGUGAAAACCAGGUUUCAUCAUGUCGGGGGAGACGCUGCAGCUUCAGAGUGCUUGGCUAUGUCACUGGUGAUAUGAAAGAAUUUGCCAACUGGCUUAAAGACAAGCCCGUGGUGCUCCAGUUCGUGGACUGGAUUCUCCGUGGCAUAUCCCAGGUGGUGUUCGUCAGCAACCCCAUCAGUGGAAUCCUGAUUCUGGUGGGACUUCUGGUCCAGAACCCCUGGUGGGCUCUCUGUGGCUGUGUAGGAACUGUGGUCUCCACUCUGACAGCCCUCUUGCUAAGCCAAGACAGGUCAGCGAUAGCAGCCGGGCUCCACGGCUACAACGCCACCCUUGUGGGAAUCCUCAUGGCUGUCUUCUCAGACAAGGGCGACUAUUUCUGGUGGCUGAUAUUCCCUAUAUCUGUAAUGUCUAUGACUUGCCCACUCUUCUCAAGUGCACUGAACUCCGUGUUCAGCAAGUGGGACCUCCCUGUCUUCACGCUCCCUUUCAACAUGGCGCUGUCGAUGUACCUUUCGGCCACGGGACAUUACAAUGCAUUCUUUCCAAGCAAGCUCUUCACACCUGUCACCUCCGUGACCAAUAUCACAUGGACUGAGCUGAAUGCCCUUGAGUUAUUGAAGUCCCUUCCAGUGGGAGUCGGUCAGAUAUACGGCUGCGAUAACCCAUGGACAGGGGGCAUUUUCCUCUGUGCCAUUCUCCUUUCCUCCCCACUCAUGUGCCUGCAUGCUGCUAUUGGAUCACUGCUGGGUGUCAUCGCAGGACUCAGUCUUGCAGCUCCGUUUGAAGACAUCUAUGCUGGGCUCUGGGGUUUCAACAGUUCUCUGGCCUGCAUUGCAAUUGGAGGCAUGUUCAUGGCUCUCACCUGGCAGACCCACCUCCUGGCUCUCGCCUGUGCCCUGUUUGCCGCCUACGUCGGAGCCUGUAUGACACACUUGAUGGCUGUGGUCCAUUUGCCCGCUGGAACUUGGGCCUUCUGUUUGGCCACGCUACCGUUUCUCUUGCUGACCACGAAAAACCCUGACAUCUACAGGCUACCUCUCAGCAAAGUCACCUACUCUGAAGAGAACCGCAUCUUCUACCUACAAAACAAGAAAAGGGUGGCUGAAAGCCCUCUGUAAAAGGAACCCCACACGAUAGCUGUGGUCACGAGUCAUUUCCAAGUGCAGCUCCAGGCUUCCAGAUUCUUAGAAACUGCUUUUCACCACGGGGAACGACUAUCAGACUAUCAGCCACCAACCCAUUCUUUUGCUUGUCUUGUGUUUUUCUUUUUGACUGUAUAUUGUCAAGCACAUGAGCGCCUUGCCCAGGUGAUGUUCUCUGGAAUGGAAUUUAAACCCAUCUGUGUGCUGGAGGGUGGGGUAGCAUGAAGAUUGUAAUGUAUUUAUAAAGUCGACAUGUUCCAAGAGAAAGAAGAAAUGGAAGCAGAAUAAUUAUUAUUUAAAGCUACCUUUGAUGUCAGUAUUAAGCGUUAAGUUCUGUAGCCAUCUAAGCCUUACAGAACUCGGGCACGGAAACAAAGCCAACCCAAAGAGUCCUCAGAUCAACAGUUUGCUUUCAGAGUCAGGCCAAGCUACUCACAGCAGACGUGACCAACAUUGCAGUGGGGUAGCUUGCCGGCAGGGCGGUGGCUUCUGCACUAUAGUAAAAGUGUGACGUUCUUAAUGAGAAUGAUUAGGCUUUUUUCAAGCUGCCAGAGCUGUGAGGAGGACUUUGUUGGUCAAAAUAGUUUUGAAUUGCUGCUCUUGGCAUUUCAAAACUUCAGGGAGAGUGUAUUUAUUCUUCUUAUGAAAAAAAAUAAAUUUUUCACUGAUAUGUUUGUAGCCAGCCAGUUCCUAGAAAUUAACUAAAAUAUGUAUAUAUGGAAUACUUAGCAUAGUUGCUUUUACUUUAAUUAUUAUAUUAGCUUUUAGUUUGGGGGAAGUGUUUGACAUAAGGUCUUGCUAUGUAGCUCAGGCUAGCCUAAAAGUCAGCAUCCCUCUGCUUCCAUUCCCCAAGCACUGGGACUAUGUGUUAGUUUUUAAAGUGUUUCAGAUACAUGGCAACGUCAUUAACCUCAGGAGCCUUUUACAGUCACAUUUUUAAUGAAUCUGAGGACAUCUAGGCACUGCUGUUAAGUCACACAUAGACUUCAAGAGUUCUUUAAUUUCUUUAUAUAUAUAUAUAUAUAUAUAUAUAUAUAUAUAUAUAUAUAUACUUUCUUUUCUGCACACUAUGCUCUGUUUGGGAAACUAGUGGUAUUGGAACCACCUGAAAGAAAUACAGGGAGGGGCAAUCUCCAGGUUUUCUCUUUAAUAUUUUUAAUUUAAAAGUUGUAGCCUCUGUAAAAAUUCUAUGACCAAUCAUGCCAAAGAGGAGAGCAGAAAGCUCCUCUUACGCUCUGCCCAAAGAAAUUCAUUGUUUGAAAGCUUGGGAAAGUGAAAACUUAAAUCCUAAAGAAUUUUUUUCCUGUUGAGUAUGUUAUUCAUGCCUGAAAUCCUAGCACUCAGGCAACUGAGGCAGAAGGACCACAAGUUUAAGGGCAGUGUGGACUACACUGAAUGGCCCUAUCUCAAAAAACAAACAACAACAACAACAAAAAAGAAACACCCCCCCCCCCACUUCAAGAGUCAGUGUUAUCCGGGCAGCGGUGGGGCAUGCUUUUAAUUAGAGGCAGCUGAAUCUGUGAGUUUGAGGCCAGCCUGGUCUACAGAGUGAGUCCCAGGACAGCCAGGGCUACAUGGAGAAACCCUGUCCGGAAAAACAAAAGCAAAAACAUAGUAAGUGCUGAGAAGACAAUACAGAUUGCUGAAGGGCUGAAGUCAGGCAGUAGGAAAGCCUGGGCAAAUGCCUUAGGGAGCCGGUCCCCCUCCGUCUCCUCAGGAUAACAAACCCUGAGAACUGGGACCAUUUUUUACAUCCUGUGACCAAAGCCCUUUGAAGCCAUGGAUCUGCAACUGUCACUGGUUCCUGGGUCGUCCUAUGGAAAAUCUGAAUUUCCAGUUUGAACUGAAAUUUUCCUGUUUGGAAUUUGUGAAGGAGGGGCUGAGAACAGCAAGAAGAGAAGGGUAAGCAGAGAACCCUCCAGAAGUGAAGAAGCUGCAACCUAGAAGAGCAAACUGAAGCGCUCUCCCCAUGCCCCUGAGCCCACCUCAGAAACAGAGCUCUAACUCACCUAAUCCCGCUCCGCCUCAAACCUUCAAACGGGAACAAGCUUAAAGCCUGCUAUACUAUUUUAUUUAUAUAAUAUUAAUGUCUUUAAGGUAUUUUUGUUACUAAGUAUUAUCCUAAAGUUAAAUGAAAACUCUUAGGGCUCCCUUUGUACCUUUUUUGCUAUUGUCUGUGUAACAGAUUCCUGUGUAAACAUAUGAAUAAAUUAUA